CCCUCCGCGCUGUGUCCCAUCUCGGGCGGCUUCAGUCCUUUCGUGGCUGCGCUGCGAGUCAGUGAGAGAGAGAGAGAGAGAGAGGGAGCGGCGCUCCUGUGGGAAGAAGGGGCUCCGGAGGAGGAGGAGGAGGAGGAGGAGCAGCGCAGGAGAGAGCUACUUAUGUUCUCAGGAAGAGGUGUGUUUAUAUCACCUGAUACUUCAUCUUUUUACAUAGAGAACCCAGAGACUGAGCUAGGGAAUUGAGACAUGUUAAGCAGGCAAUACAUAACAGUUCAAAAUGCUGCAGAUUACCACCGUGAAUCCAGCGUUUCUGUUCACUGUACUUGUAUUCAUAAAGUUUAUGUUCCUUCCUUUCGUAAGAUGAACAUCUUCCAAAUAUGAACACACGGAGAUUGUUGAGGGUAACCUUAUUUUUUAAUCUCCAUGAAAUGAAACAGGAAUUUCUGAAAACGAAUUCCUUCAAGACUGGACUUGUGAACUAGGAUAUUACCCACAUUUUUUUUCAAACUGUCAUAACGAAUAACAGUGUGCAUGCUGUCGACUUGUAUGCAGUACGUAUAAGUAUGACAUUUGUUAGGUUUCCUGCCCUAAAUGAAUUUUAAGGUUGUCUCAGGAGUAGUGACAUGAAGAGCCUGUGUGAAAUAACACUGCCUAUUUCUGUUUCUGAAGAGAACAAUUUCAUAAUGAUGUAAGCCUCUCCCAACAUCUGGAUGUGGUGCUGAAGGCAAAGCAUUUUGAUCAGCUGACGUGAAGCAGUGCAAAGAGGACCUUUCAUUAAAAUAACUUCUGGCCAAAAUAAUCUUAAAUAUCAGCAUGCACAGAAUGAAAAAUAAAAUGAAUAUGGCUUAGACAAGAGGACAUUUCCAUGAACCAUAAAAAGGAAGUGUGAAAUUAUACUUGCUACAUUACAGGGUAGAGGGGAAAAACACAUUUUCUUGACUAUUGGACAGGUCUUGAAGGAUUUAAAUUAAGUCAGAUGUCAUCAAACGAAUCUUCUCCUCCAUCUUUACAAAAGUUUUCCCCAUCUGUGUCUCAUGCUGCUGCUCCACCUGCCCCUUCUUUAUCUUCAAGUCCACAAUCUGGGCUCUCAGGACGGUUGUCCAAUGGCAGCUUCAGCAUACAAAGCCUCACCAACUCCAGGAGCUCUGUGCAUGGAAUCUCCUUCUUGCUGCAGAUUGGUCUCACUCGUGAGACAGUUACCAUGGAGACUCAAGAACUUUCCCUUUCUGUUGUCAAAGACCUGGUGUGCUCUGUAGUUUAUCAAAAGAAUGAUCAGGAGUGGGUCCCAGGUAUCAGCAUUCCAUCACUCAACCCUUUUCCUUCACUGUGGAGUGAAACAAAUUUCCUGGAUCAUGAGGUCCUGAAUUAUCCCUAUUGUGAUGGGAGCAGAAAAAAGUUUCCAGAGUGUGGGUUUUUCGGCAUGUAUGACAAGAUUCUCCUAUUCCGCCAUGAUCUGAACUCAGAAAAUAUUUUACAGCGGAUUACAUCAGCUGAAGAGAUACGUGAAGGUGAUCUCAUUGAGGUUGUCCUCUCUGCUUUGGCUACGGUUGAAGACUUCCAGAUUCGUCCUCAUAUGCUAUAUGUGCAUUCUUACAAGGCCCCAACUUUUUGUGACUAUUGUGGAGAGAUGCUUUGGGGCUUGGUACGGCAAGGGUUGAAAUGUGAAGGAUGUGGAUUAAAUUACCACAAGCGAUGUGCCUUCAAGAUUCCAAACAACUGUAGUGGAGUAAGGAAGAGGCGUUUAUCCAAUGUGUCUUUACCAGGAGCUGCACUUUCAGUACCAAGAUCAAUACAAACUGAAUGCACAGCGACAACUGCAGAAGAGCGAUGUCAUCCAGAGCCCAGUAAAAGAAUUCCUUCCUGGAGUGGGCGCCCAAUAUGGAUGGAGAAGAUGGUGCUUUGCCGGGUGAAGGUUCCACAUACUUUUGCUGUUCAUUCUUAUGGUCGACCCACCAUUUGCCAGUACUGCAAACGGUUACUCAAGGGCCUUUUUCGCCAAGGAAUGCAAUGUAAAGAUUGCAGAUUUAACUGUCACAAACGUUGUGCUUCUAAAGUUCCUAAAGAUUGUCUUGGAGAAGUAGUGUUUAAUGGAGAACAAGAACUGGCUAGUCCUGGUCAAGAUAUUGAUAUGCCCAUGGAAGUUGAUAGCAGUGAAAUGAAUAGUGAUGGGGGUAGAGGAUUAGAUGAUGUGGAAGAACCCUCUCCUCCUGAAGACAAAAUGUUUUUUAUGGAUCCAGGAGAUCUAGAUGGAGACAAAGAUGAAGAAGCUGUCAAGACCAUCAGCCCAUCAACAAGCAAUAAUAUUCCACUGAUGAGAGUUGUGCAAUCAGUCAAGCAUACAAAGAGGAAGAGCAGUACAAUGGUGAAGGAAGGAUGGAUGGUUCAUUACACUAGCCAAGAUAACCUGAGGAAAAGGCAUUACUGGAGACUGGAUAGUAAAUGUCUUACACUAUUUCAGAAUGAAUCUGGGACAAAGUAUUACAAGGAGAUUCCACUUUCUGAAAUUCUACAAGUGACUCAGCCAAGGGAUUUUUCAAAUGUGGUGCAGGGAAGCAACCCUCAUUGCUUUGAAAUAAUAACUGACACAAUGGUUUACUUUGUUGGUGAGAACAACGGCAGCAACCACCACAAUCCUGUUUUAGCUGCUACUGGUGUUGGACUUGAUGUAGCGCAGAGCUGGGAGAAAGCUAUUUGUCAAGCUUUGAUGCCAGUAACACCUCAGGCUAGCAUUUGCACUGCUGCAGGACAAGGAAAAGAUCACAAAGAAAUAUCUGUCAGCAUUUCUGUUUCAAAUUGCCAGAUCCAAGAAAAUGUGGAUAUCAGUUCAGUAUAUCAGAUCUUUGCUGACGAUGUGCUUGGUUCUGGGCAGUUUGGAAUUGUGUAUGGAGGAAAACAUAGGAAGACUGGAAGGGAUGUGGCCAUUAAAGUCAUUGAUAAAAUGCGAUUCCCUACAAAACAGGAGAGUCAACUGCGCAAUGAAGUGGCCAUUUUGCAGAAUUUGCACCACCCUGGGAUUGUAAACCUGGAAUGUAUGUUUGAAACCCCAGAAAGGGUUUUUGUUGUGAUGGAAAAACUUCAUGGUGAUAUGUUAGAGAUGAUUCUCUCCAGUGAGAAAAGCCGGCUUCCAGAAAGAAUCACCAAGUUUAUGGUCACUCAGAUACUUGUUGCUCUGAGGAAUUUACAUUUCAAGAAUAUAGUACACUGUGAUUUAAAACCUGAAAAUGUGCUAUUAGCAUCAGCAGAGCCAUUUCCUCAGGUGAAGCUCUGUGAUUUUGGUUUUGCACGCAUUAUUGGUGAGAAGUCUUUUAGGAGGUCUGUAGUUGGAACCCCAGCUUACUUGGCCCCAGAGGUACUUAGAAGUAAGGGCUACAACAGAUCUUUGGAUAUGUGGUCAGUGGGAGUCAUCAUCUAUGUGAGCCUGAGUGGUACAUUUCCAUUUAAUGAAGAUGAAGACAUAAAUGACCAGAUCCAAAAUGCUGCGUUUAUGUAUCCACCAAAUCCUUGGAAGGAAGUAUCUAGUGAAGCUAUUGAUUUAAUAAACAAUUUGCUUCAAGUGAAGAUGAGAAAACGCUACAGUGUUGACAAAUCACUUAGUCACCCUUGGUUACAGGAUUAUCAAACUUGGCUUGAUCUUCGGGAGUUUGAAACUCGAAUUGGAGAACGUUACAUUACCCAUGAAAGUGAUGAUGCUCGUUGGGAAGAACAUGCAUAUGAACACAACCUUGUAUACCCCAAACAUUUUAUUAUGGCCCCUAAUCCAGAUGACAUGGAAGAAGACCCAUAGAAAUCAACAUGGGAAAGGCACUUAAAUCAAUAUUGAUGUUCUCUGGAGCAAGUGUUGGUCUUGUUCUCCAGGUUCCGCUUAGGAAGCAUGGAUGAUCUCCUGAAUCAGUUUGAGGAUGGAUUAGAUGAUCCAGAAAGUCUCUCCAUCUGUGACUGUUAAUGUAAUCCAGCAUGGGGUUAAAAGCCAUGAAGUGUUCGUGUAACAUUGCCUUAUUGGUACAUCAUAGUGAUGUUACUUACAGAUAAAAUGCACAGUGAAUUGGUAUUUGUGAAUUUUCCAAGUUUUUUGUAGUUUAUACAACAACAGAAUAAUUGUAAUGGUUUUCCAGUUCAUACCUAUUAAGCCAUAGAGUACUAUUUUCUGGUAUUUAGAUACAUCUGUUAGGAAGCUGUAAAGAAACCUGAACUAUAUACCAUAACUAAAUAAUUACAACAUGCUUCAUUUUUAAUGUCCAUACAAAAUGCUGGUAGAAUAUUUAUUUAGCAGAUAUGAUGUGGAAAAGCAAUAAAAGUGAUGGGAGCAAUAAAAGUCACAGGAAUUCCAGCAGUCAAAUCCUGCUCCUCUAGCUUAACUAAAGCAGCCUCAUGAGGCAGGGCAGUAAACUUAGGUCAUUUUUAUUGAAUACAGACAAGUUGUGUUUUAACUUUUAUGGUUUAUUAGGAUAGGAAUAAACUGUAACUCAUGGCAGGUUGGGAGAAUGUGGCAGACAUUAGUGUGACUUUGGAGUUUAUAAAAGAUUUUGUACUUUCAUUUAACUGAGAGGCAGGGUGCAAAGAUACAAUCAUAUGCUUUUUGCAGUGGGAACUACUGAGCUAGACACAAUAAUUCCAAGAUCUAUCUGGUCCACAACUCAUUUGUGUGCACAUAUCAGAUCUUUACCUGGCCAAAUUGCAUAGGGUAAUUCCAUCCCAAGAAAACAUCUGUAAGUGGGAAGUUUAAUGUAGUAGAUAUUUUCGAUCUCUGUGGGGAAGCUUUGGUUUCAGGACAGUAAUAUGUGUAACAUAAUGGAAGAAGCUUUACAUUUUUGAAAGGACAUGGCUAUAAAUUAAAAUGUACUUUAUUUUAAAUUAACUCAAGACAGUUACAGGAUCUAGUACAAUAUCCCUUAGAAUCUCUGAUUACAUGGAAAAGACAUUUAAGAUUUUGGGCUGUUAGGUAGGAGAAGGUUGCAGUGACGUCUCUUUUGGCCUCCUUUUAAACUUGGGAGCAUAAUCACCAGCACCUUUUCAUUGUACUAGGUGAAACAGUUCCUCUGUGAUUUCUGUAGUGCACAGUUUUGAGCUCACAGAGAAAACAGUAUCUGUGAAUAAAUAUUUGUUCACUGUGAUGACCUCAUUAAGCAGGGAUGAAGAGCUUUUUUGUGCCUGAAUGCAUGAAUUUGUGUCACCAUUCUGAAGAUGCUUUAUAGCAGACAGUGCUAAAAGCUGAACAAGGUCAGGUUGUUUCACUGCAGCGCCUCUUCCUAGAGAGGAGGCCCAGCACUACAGCUGUUAGAACAACAGCAGAAGCAGGAACUUCAAAGGAAGUGUGAAUAAGGUGUGCCAAUACACAUAAAGAGCAGGCUUCUCUAUUUGAGCUAGUAUGGCUAUGGCAUUGGUAAUGCUGGUUGAUGGGAGUUGUGAUGCAGCAUGUUUGGAGGAUGUUAAAGAAGGCCUGUGUAGUUUACUUUGGGCCAUGACUUUUAACAGCUAUUAUGUUGUGUACCUUCCAAAUAGUUUCCAACUUAUGGUGACCCUAUGAUGGGGUUUUCUUGGCAAAUUUCUUCUGAGAAGGUUGGCCAUUGUCAUCCUCUGAGGCUGAGAGAGUAUGACUCACCUAGGAUCACCCGGUGGGUUUCCAUGGUCAAGUGGGGAUUUGAAUCCUGGCCUCCAGAGUCAUAGUCCAGCAUUCAGAUCACUACACACUGCUUGCUCACCAACAGCUGUUCUAAGACAAACUUAUUUCCCAAGUUCUCAAGCAGCAAAAUUUGUCAGCUUCUCUGUGUCUUCGUUUGUCCCUGAACAGCUUUUUAGCUUGUUAAUAUGUGUUAUGGAUACUAAGUCUGUCCAAAUGAUGUUCCAGGCCAGAAUUCUUUAAUAAAUAUUACAUACCACAGCAAGAACAAAAUAUGCCAACUGAGUAAUGAAAACUGAAGCAAGUUUCAGACCCUCCCCUCAUAAAAUUGUCUAAUUUAAAAUAAACCUUAGCCUGUUUUAGUAUUUUGUAUUGUUUAAACUGACACCAAAUUUUAAAAGCCACUUUUUAUUUUAGUGAUAGUAUUACUGUCAUGUCCUGUAAGCAAAUGGUUGGCCCCUGUAUAAACACAAGGCUAGAGUACAUAGGCCUUUGGUCUGAUCCAGCAGAGUUCUUCUCAUGUUUUUAAUAUCAGAAUUUCAGAUAUAAGCUGUGAUUUGCAAAUCUUAGAAAGAACAAAGUAAAGUAGAUUACGGGGCCACUGAGGAUUGCAACUGAUCAAAGCUGCCAGAGUGAUUGAAUAUAUGGAAAAUAGUAUUUUAUUCAUACAUGUGUGUACUAUGACUUGAUGGCUUGCAGCUGAAAGUAUAACUGCUUCUAUUAAAAAGUAUUGGGGUGACUAUGAGUCUGCAAUUCUUCAUGUAUUUGCUGUUGUAUUCUGAUAUAAUUCUACCCCAUGGAUGGAUUUUUCUUUUAAAGCAUUACAGGCUGAAUCUGCAUAUUACUUGUAUAUAUUCCUAUCUCAUGAAAAUGUAGAAAAGCACCAUUUAUGUGAGUGAGGUGAGCCACAAGAUUGCUCUGUUUAUGUUAGUUUUAUCUGAGUACUGAGUCAUUUAUGUGUAAAUUGGGUUGGAAAGCUCUAGCAAAUUGCUCAGUGGAUUGCAGUAAACAAUAUUUUUUCCUUGAAACCUGACUUGUCUGUCUUGCGUGGGUUACAAGAAGUGGCUGUUUAGGCAAAAGUAAUAGUUAAGCUGUGGCAGAAUUUAUCUGCUAGAAGUAAAAGUGUUCAUAGGUGUCUUAUUUUUGACAGGAUCAAAAGUGUUUCCAUUGUCUAGCUGUUAACGAAGUAAAUCUCAUUAAGCCCAAUGGGCCUUACUUUGGGGUAAAGACAUGUUUAAGAUUGCAACAUUAAGAUCAAUGUUGGAUGGCCAUAUUUUUAAAAGCAGCAAAUCAAGUCAAGGUAUAAAUUUGUUGAAUUAAGUUUAUGCUUCAGGACAGCAGUGCUGUGGACCAGUAGUAGAGUAGGAAUCCAAACCUUGUUACGGAUAAAGAAGAGAAAACUGGAAUGUUUCUACUCUGUAGUAGCUGUUAACACAUUUUACAAACCAUGAGUAAAAAUGGAUAGCUUGCACCCUAACUGUCCUAUGACUGCCUAAAAUAUUAUUAAUCCAUGCUUUAAGUCACUAAAGGUCGGCAUUAAUCAGUUGCUCCAGAUGAAUUUGUACCCCAUGUUGCAUUAUCAUUAAUUUUUGUUUUUUGAAUUAAGUUGCAUUCAUUGCAGAAAUAGUGCUGUAUUGAUGAUAGAAGAUACUCAUGUAAAACUUGUAGCUUCAAAAAGACACUGUCAAGUACUUUUUUAUAUAUUUUUAUAUGUCCCAUUGUUUGUAAAUAUCUUCUAAGCUUGAAAAUAAAUUUUAUUUCCCUA